AUGACGGCUUUUAUCGCAGCCUAUCCGCCCCUCGGCCAAGUUACGCAGGUUCAGGACGGCAAUGUGACAUUCCAUGCGGUUCUCGAAAUACCCUUUGAACUCAGAGCGGAACCAUGGCAGCUCGCUCUCUGGUACUCAAACGGUGAUGAGUCGGAAUGGAUUGAGGCCGAGUGUAUCCCGACUCAGCCAGAUGCCCGGCCCACGGAUUUACACGAACCCGUCGGGACGACGGCGAGGUUGUAUUUCACAACCAAACUUGUCGUCCACUCCUCACUCACCUUUACGAUCAAGUUCCGGCAACAAAAUCAUGACAAGGAGUGGCGGUGGGCUCGGGAUGAGCAACACUCCAGCGAUGGAGUUGUUGUGGUUAACCUGAAGCCGACACAGGACGGUGACCCCGAAAGCUUGCCGGACCUGAUUCGGGAUCUGAACCCGGACCUCAAAUGGAAGAGUCAUAUGAGUCAGACCCCCAGGACCAGACUAUGGUCCAUAGAGGCCGGCGUGGAGGGGGCAAAGGAGCACGAGUCGACAUUUCACCAAAUGCCGGUUGGUAUUCCAUGGGGCCGGUUCCUCAGGUGGUUUGCCUUGGUCAGGACAUCGACUCCUUGGCUUGCCCCGAGGCAGGGCAAGUCGGAGUUCAACCCCGACAAAGAUGCCCUGCUCUGCUCGUUCCUUUCCGCCCAAGGGAAGCACAUGGUAUUCCUCGGGAUGAGUGGGAUUAAUGAUGUGACUACAAUGUUCCGAGGUGGUGAUUCCGGCAAAUUGAUGCUUAAUAUUCGGAGCGACAACACGAAAUCAACAACAGGAACCGCCCUAGUAGCAGUCGGUGACGAUUUCGAGAGCACGAUUGCUGCUGUCAUGUACCACGCCCGUACUCUAGUUAUGGGAACGAGUGCAUCUGCCACUCAGGGCUUGGUUGAGGCCACGGCGGAGGGCGAUAUCGUGCCCCAGUGGUAUGAAAACUGGUACGACGGCUUGGGAUAUUGCACCUGGAACUCCUUGGGCCAGAAAUUAACCGAAGAGAACAUUCUGAAGGCACUGGACACUUUGGCUGAGAACAGGAUCAAAAUAUCAAAUUUAAUCAUUGACGACAACUGGCAAGAUGUCGACUACCGCGGCGAGGGCCAGUGGCAACACGGCUGGAACGACUUCGAGGCCGAACCGAAGGCCUUCCCCAGAGGUCUUAAAGCCCUCAUCUCCGACAUUCGCUCAAAACACAAAAACAUCCAGUACAUCGCGGUCUGGCACGCCCUGCUCGGCUAUUGGGGUGGUCUCUCUCCUUCCGGGCCCCUCACCAAGCGCUACAACACCAUCCAAGUCACCCGCGAUGACACCGAAAAGUCCCAACUCCCUGUUGACAACACCAUGACGGUCGUCUCCCCGUCAGACAUCCAAACCUUCUACAACGACUUCUACACCUUCCUCAGCUCCUGCGGCAUCAACGGCGUCAAGACCGACGCCCAAUACAUGCUCGACACGCUCCCGGACCCGCACACGCGGCGUGCCCUCACGACCCCCUACCUCGACGCCUGGGCGGCCGCCUCACUCCGGCACUUCAGCGGGCACGUCACAUCCUGCAUGUCCCAGACCCCACCCACCAUCUUCCACUCCCUCCUCCCCAACACCCGGCCCGCCAUCCCCUGCCGCAACUCGGACGACUUCUUCCCGGGCGUCCCGGACGCGCACCCCUGGCACGUCUUCGCCAACGCGCACAACGCGCUGUUCACGCAGCACCUCAACGUUGUCCCGGACUGGGACAUGUUCCAGACCGCCCACCACCACCACCACCACUCCUCCUCCUCCUCCUCCCCCUUCGACAACACCCCUCUGGAGACGGAGGAGGAGAAGGAGGAAAAGGAGUGGGCCACCUUCCACGCGGCGGCGCGCUGCGUGGGCGGCGGGCCCGUGUGCGUGACCGACGCGCCCGGCCGCCACGACCUGGCGCUGCUGCGCGCCGUCUCCGGGCCCACGCCGCGCGGGCGGAGCGUCGUGUUCCGCCCGAGCGUGCCGGGGCGGGCGAUGGAUGUGUAUGACGAGUAUCGUGGUGGUGGUGAUGGUGCGGCGGCGGCGCUGCUGAAGGUUGGGGCGUACCAUGGGAGGGCGGGCACGGGCACGGGGAUUGUGGGUGUCUUUAAUGUGCGGGCUGCCGGGGGUGUGGUGACGGAGGUGCUGCCGCUGGGGCGGUUUCCGGGUGUUGUUGGGGGUGUGGAGUCGGGGAGGAGGUAUGUGGUGCGCGCACAUCGCUCGGGUCGGGUGACGGCCCCCCUGGAGGUAGGGUCGCCGGCGGCGGUGUUGACGGUUUCGCUCGGGGUGAGGGGGUGUGAUGUGCUUUGUGCGUAUCCGCUGCAUGCCGUGGAGUCGAAGACGAGGGGGGAGGUGUUGCUUGCGAAUCUGGGGUUGGUGGGCAAGAUGACCGGGUGUGCGGCCGUGUUGAGGACUGGGUUUGAGGUUCGUGAGAAUGGGAGGAUGGUCGUCGAUGCGACCGUGAAGGCGUUGGGAGUGUUAGGCGUUUACAUCUCGGUCCUUCCCGAGCUGUCGAUUGACGAUGACUUUAUGGUGACCAUCCAGGGGCUGCCGAUCCCUCCUCACACUGCCUCUGUCAGCAAGCAGGAUGAGCAUGUUCUCGAGGCGGAUAUCGAGGCAGCGUGGAACGAAAUGGGGCUCGCGAGCGGGUGGGCGAACGAGGUGCAGGUGAAGGUUUAUUUUGCGUUGGAGAAGAGACAUUGA